CAUGCCUUCCAUGAUGUCAGCGCCGGGGGAGGGGGGUAUGGAGGAGCUUCCUUAACCCUCCCAUUGCCCAGCCUCCCGCAGCCAUCAAUGAGAAGGCAGCAAACGGGGAACAGCGGUUUGCUGAAGCGUUUUACUAGCAAGAGCCGGGUCUAUUGUGCUGCCGGGAGAUGAAUGGCAGGAGGCAAUACAGAUGCUGUGCAUGGCAGGGCUUGGCCCCUUGAAUGCCAAGCUGGGGUCCUGAGUGCACAUGGCUCCGCCACGGGAGGAAUAAAGCAGCAGAUCGGGGCAUAGUGCAGGACUUCUUCGUUAUCGCUGUUUCCCCUCAGCGUUAUGGGUAGAGGUUUUGUGCAAUGAAUGUUGCCUCCAAAGCUUUUCUCCCAGCGAAUAUGGGCACAGCUGUAUCCAGAAGGAAGACUCUGAGGAAUGAUGCUAUAUCUUCUGUAGCAGCUAAAGUUAGGGCAGCAAAGGCUUUUGGAGAGUAUCUUUCGCAAAACCACCCUGAGGGGAGAAACGGCUCAGAUCACCUGUUAGCGGACUCCUAUAUUGGACAGGAAGACUCCCCUGAGAUGCAGCAGGCAGCUCAGAACAAGCGCAGGCUGUCCGUCAUCUCAGCUGGCAAGUUUGAGAGGAACUUCUCUGAGGAGCAGGCCGAGAAGAUCCCGAGCGAGGGGCUGAAGGCACGGGUGUAUACUAUCUCUGGUGAGAGGCCGAUGCUGUCGGACCAUGAGAACGAGAGUAUGGAAUUGGUGGUGAUGAAAGGCACUGGCCGAGAGGACUGCCGCCAUGGCCAGCCUCUGCAGAGUGCUGGCAGCUCUCACAACAUUAGCAGGCAUUGCAAAGGCUGGGCAGGCAGUCGGCAGGGCUCCAAGGAGUGCCCAACCUGUGCUCGGUUGGCAGCCCACUCCCAGCACUCCUUUGACCUGGAGCAGCACCAGUCCAGCGAGACAGGAUGGCGCAGGAAAAAGCUGGAGAGGAUGUAUAGUAUUGAUCGAGUGUCUGAUGAUGUCCCCAUACGGACCUGGUUCCCCAAGGAGAACCUCUUCAGUUUUCAAACUGCUACUACAACUAUGCAAGCCAUCUCGGCAUUCAGGGGCUACGCAGAGAGGAAGAGACGGAAACGAGAAAAUGAUUCGGCAGCUGUUAUUCAGAGGAAUUUUCGGAAGCAUUUGCGCAUGGUGGGGAGCCGCCGAGUGAAAGCGCAACCAUUUGGUGAGCGGCGAGAGAGAAGCUUCAGCAGGUCCUGGAGUGACCCAACUCCCAUCAAAACUGAUUCCUUCCAUGACUCUCGAGAAAGCCAUGAUCUUCAGGACUACUGCUGUGCUCUGGAUGAUGACUUUGACUUGAACUGGGAAACAGAGAAGGAACUUGAAGCUAUGGCGUGUGAUGGAGAAGACUUUAUUCCACCAAAAAUAAUGCUUAUUUCUUCCAAGGUCCCCAAAGCUGAGUACAUCCCAACGAUUAUCCGCAGGGAUGACCCCUCCAUCAUCCCCAUUCUCUACGAUCAUGAACAUGCCACCUUUGAAGAUAUUCUAGAGGAAAUAGAGAAGAAGCUUAACAUUUAUCAGAAAGGCUGCAAGAUUUGGAAGAUGCUGAUUUUCUGUCAGGGAGGUCCUGGCCACUUAUAUUUGUUGAAGAAUAAAGUUGCCACCUUUGCCAAAGUGGAGAAGGAGGAAGAUAUGAUCCUCUUCUGGAAGCGGCUGAGCCGACUGAUGAGCAAAAUCAACCCUGAGCCAAAUGUCAUUCACAUCAUGGGCUGCUAUGUUCUGGGAAACCCCAAUGGGGAGAAGCUCUUUCAGAAUCUGAAAAACCUAAUGAAUCCUUAUAGGGUCGUCUUUGAGUCGCCACUGGAACUUUCAGCUCAAGGGAAGCAAAUGAUUGAAGCUUACUUUGACUUCCGUCUUUAUCGCCUCUGGAAGACUCGCCAGCAUUCCAAACUGUUGGACUAUGAUGACAUUUUAUGAGCUGGAGAAGCUAUUGCAUGAGGAGAGUGAUCACCAGUGUCUCACAAGUCAUGCUUGUGGCAGAGAUUUUUUUCAUUGGCACAGGGAGCCCUGCAGGAGGCAGCAGUGCUGAAGGGAUAGAAGGAAGAGCUGUCAUGUCAAAAGGCUUUUGGGUAAAGACAGAGACUUGAAGGGGAGUGGUCUGACUCCGCAGACACCGCCUGCAGAGUCCUUGCCUCUCAGAGGGAGCUGUGUCAAAUGGGAAAUUUCCUUGCAGGACUGAGCUGUUUCAGGUCAUGAUGGGCCAGAAUCAAUUCCAGGUCCUUUUAAAGACAUUUAAAGCUCAGGUUUUCUUAUAAAAAAAUAAAACAAACAAUCCAUGCACUAUAGUAAAGCAGUGACUUGAAGUCCAGAGCAAGAAGGACAUUGUACUGAUGGGCGCUCCCUAGCAGCAAACACUGCUGUGCUUGGGAUGUUGGAAGGCAAGGAAUGCCAUACUUAAUCCUGCAAGCUUUGACCGGCAAAGUUCAGCAACCUAAUGUCAAUACACAUUGAAAUAGAGAAUUAAAGUUUAACAUAUUUUGGUUUAAUAGAAAAUAAGUGCAAUUUUUAUACACAGAGGGGAAAACCCUCCCAAUAUUUAAUUAGUUACAAAUAACACAUCAAUAAUCAAUAGAUGAGGUAUUUUUUAGUCUGCUUGAAAAUAUAUUCGAAAUCGUAAUAUAUCUUCUGUAGACAUAUUUAAUCACCAGCAAUAUGAUUUUAAUGUUACUUAGCAGACCCUGCAUGUCUGCUGCAUAGAUCAGUCCUAUUUGGUUUUGGUUUUAUUUUUAAUUUCAGAGUAGCUGUGUUACACUAAUUGUAUGUGUUCUUAUGCAUGUAUAUUGCCCCUCCAGUUAGACACAGCUUUCUUACUUUAUCUUUGCUUCUUGCAAAACUGUAUGGUUUUAGUUCUGCUGAAAGUUUAGGUUAGAAAUACAGUACAUGACUGAGUGGAAUCUUGGUCAGUUUCAUUAAGAUAGAAUAAUGAAGUAGAAAUUAAUAGCCAUGUUAAUUGUUCACUCAGUAUAUUGCUACAUUUUAGAAAGGUGAGCUCUUCUUGCAGACUGCAGGAUGGAACAGAAGAUUAUUUGAGAAUGAGAAAUCCUCCAAGGAGGUUUAGGGGUUUGAAUUAAUAGAAUGAAAUACUUCUUGAAGUAUGUAGCAUUGGUUAGUAGCAUUUUGAAUCUUUCCCACAUUCAUCUAGUUGCCAGUUGACUUACAAACCACAGUUUUUUCCAGCAAUCUAUUGAGCCGUUUGUAGUUCUCAGCUUUCCCUGCCAAAUCCUCUUUGUCUGAGACAGACAGCUUAUAUAGCUCUCAUUUGUGAGCAGCUAUGGUUUUUUAAUCUGGAUUUGUGCUGAAUAUCUUUAAGGAUAUACUGUGGAAUAUCUUGACUUUUUUUUAGUCUUCUAGUAUCCUGAAUGUCUAGGGGCUAAAUAUUACUGCAGUCUGCACAGGUCACCCUGGCCAUUUGGGGCAAUUAUACCUUUUCUCUUUCAGAGAGGUAAAAUAUACAGCAGAAUAACCAUGGAGGGUUAGCUGUGCUCCUGAUGUGUUCAUUUGUAAAAGUACCUGGCUGUGCAGUGCAGAAAUAUAUAUAUAUAAACCUUCUUUUGAAUUGUUUUAAAAAAAAAAAGUUAAUUCUGAUCUGUGGAAAAUCCCCUUUCUCUUUCCUGCCCGUGUGUUGUUGUAAUACUAGGGAGCAGGGCACUGGCUAAAACUGCUGACCCAUGUACAUUAAUGACCUUUUAUGUCAAAUCUUUAUGAAAUAAUCCACGUACAGUUAGUAGUGGGGGAGAGGGAGAGACAGUUUCCGAUCAUUAGAAAUCACCAUGCAAGCAAAUAGUUCAUCAAUAUCUGCUUGCGAAUGACAUGGCCCCAGCUUGAGAAAGGUGAGCACAUUGUUCUGCUUCUCCAGGCGGCCAUCAGGAUGCUCUGCAGCUGCUGGGCAUUGGGGGCGCAAUUCUUUUUCUAGCUGAUUUAUGCUCAGAUUUUCAGACUAAAAGGAUUCUUGGCAUCACUACGGUGCCUUUGGAAGAAAAUGUCACAGCAAAUGUUUUUAAAGCUAUAUGUCACUGAACUAGCAUCUGGCAUGUGAUCACCUCUCUGCUGUGUCAGGAGGAGGUGUGAGUUGGAUAUUCUACUACAGCCUAGAAAUGAAAUGACAGUGACAUCAUUAAGAUGUUGACGCAAAAACGCAUCCAUAUUUGAUUCUGUCACUUUCCAGGUUGCUUUCAUGAUUUGGGUUGUUGCUUCCAAUGUUAAGUAAAGAAUGAUAAAAUGCUCUCUCAUCUCAAGUAAAGCCCCACUUCAGUGAAUGUGAUAGCAUAAAUGUAGCAUUGUGAAAAUACUAUGUGACUCCGAAAGGGCCUUUAAUAUAUACACUUUGGUAAUUUAUCUGUAUAACUAUUGUAUAUCUAUUAUGACUGAGCACUUCUAGAACUAGAGUUGCAGUGGAAAAGUAGACUGUACAGUUGCAUAACCUAUCCUAUGUGGAGAUGUGAGUUUGAAUGACUGUUUCAGACUGUUUUACUGGUCCAAUUGACUGUAUAGUGUAGUAUAUUGAAAAUAAUGAAUGCAUUUCUCUCUUUUCCAAAGAUCCAUCCCAUGUAGUUUUAUAUUAUUAUGACAUGAGCAGAUUCUUGUAUUUGCAGUGAUCAUUUGACUAAAGGGAUGAAAAAAUGUUCUAAAAGCUAUAAUUGGGAGGACAUUAUGGGGAUUUUAUACCUCCUGCCUAUCAACUAUUUAAAACCUUUUGUGCUAAUAUCACUUUGCAAGUUAGUUUUGAAAGGAAGAAAUUGUAUUUUCAUCCACUUCUAGCUGCCUGAUCUUUAGAAUGCCUGAGGAAACAGGAAGGAGUCAGUAGGGUAUAGGAUGAAGAAAAACUUGGUAGCUAUUGAGGCUUUAGAGGAAAACACAUAGAAUGUGACAUCUUCCAUUGGAACCAACAUGUCAGCAGUUGCACACAAUGGGGCCUGCAUUCGUCAGUCAGUAUAUCAUAUGC